UCUAUUCAUAAAAGAACAAAAAGCUAUAUGUACUUGGUACCUGAAAGAAGAAAAAGGAAGAAUUAUGGUUUUUGUAACAGUGGUCGGUCUAAGCUUACUCUUAUGCCUUGCACAUUGGGUUUAUAAUUGGAGGAACCCAAAGUGCAAUGGCAAACUCCCACCAGGUUCAAUGGGUUUUCCAAUCAUUGGAGAGACCAUUCAGUUUUUUAUUCCUCACAGGAAUCUUGACGUUCCUCCUUUCAUCAGAAAAAGGACGGAGAAGUAUGGUUCUCUGUUUAAGACCAGUAUAGUUGGCUGUAAAAUUAUUGUCUCUGCAGAUGCUGAGGUCAAUCAUUUGAUAUUCCAACAAGAAGGGAAGUCAUUCAUAUCUUGGUAUAUGGAUAGCUUCACCGAUAUUCUUGGGAAAGACAAUAUUCUUUUUCUUCAAGGUUUCAUACACAAGCAUCUGAGGAACUUGAUCUUGAACUUUGUCGGUAGUCAAAGCCUGAAACAGAGAUUGCUUCCUGAAAUCGAAAACCUGACUUGCAAACAUUUGCAACUCUGGUCCACCCAAGGCACAGUGGAACUGAAAGAAGCUAUUUCAACAAUGAUAUUUAGUUUUAGCACCGAACUGCUGUUCAGUUGCAAUGGAACAAAGUCUACAACGAAGAUGAGAAAAUACUAUGCUGAUUUUCUUGAUGGUUUGAUCUCCUUCCCUUUGUACAUUCCCGGAACUGCUUACUGGAAAUGUUUACAGGGACGGAAGGAAGCGAUGGAGAUUAUAAAGAGUACGUUAGAGGAAAGGCAUACAGCACCCAAGAAAGAAAAGAAAGAUUUCCUUGACGUUAUGCUAGAAGAAACAGAUAAAGAUGGAAGCUUCCUGACGGAGAAAACGGCUUUAGAUUUUCUCUUUAUCCUUCCUUUUGCUUUCUUCGAGUCUACCUCCUCAGUUAUGGUUUUAGCCCUGCAACUUCUUUCUGAAAAUCCUGAAGCACUGGAAGAGUUAACUAAAGAACAUGAAGCCAUUCUAAGCAACCGAGAAAAGAAUGAUUCUAAACUCACAUGGGAGGAAUACAGGUCCAUGACUUUUACCCAUAUGGUUAUCAAUGAAACAACAAGGCUUGUGAAUAUUGUCCCAAGAGUUUUCAGGAAGGCUGUCAAUGACGUACAAAUAAAAGGAUAUACAAUUCCAGCAGGCUGGAUGGUUAUGGUAUGUCCAACAACUGUUCAUUUAAACCCCGUGAAAUACAAUGAUCCCCUGGCCUUCAAUCCAUGGCGCUGGCAGGGAGAAGAAUUAAACGCUGGAUCGAAGAAUUUUAUGGCAUUUGGGGGAGGAGUGAGACUUUGUGCAGGAGCUGAUUUUGUUAAACUGCAAAUGGCCAUUUUUCUCCACUAUUUGGUUACAAAAUACAGGUGGAGUGUGAUCAAGGGACAUGUCCUCAAGAAGCCUGGUGUGGUGUUUCCUGAUGGUUUCCACGUUCAACUCUUCGACAAAAACACUUAGAAUAUGUUCCUUGUCACGUGACGUGACAUAAUGGAAUGUAAUGUAAUCAAUUAUGUAAUGUGAUAAAAGUUAUAAUGUAAUAUAACAUAAUAAUCAUUUUAUUA